AUGGGCUGGCUUUGGGGGGGGUCGGCUCCCGAUAAGCCUGCAGCAUCGCAAAGCUCCGGGGAGGCUCCUGCGGCGGCGCAACCACCACAGUCCUCGACGUCGUCCCCAGAGACCGACCCAGAGAUCACGAAGUUCCUCGAGGAGCUGGCGGGGGAGCUCCGGAACGCAAGGAACGCGACAAAUCAACCCUCUUCCCCGACACAGCAGCCACCCUCACAGCAACCUCCAGCCGACGCAUCAAGAACCCCGCCGGCGGCGCCCGAGACCUCGUCGUCCUGGUCCUCAUGGUGGUCCGGCUCCGCCACCCCGCCCUCGCCCUCAGAAGCAGACCCAUCAAGCACAUCACAAGCAAUAACACCGACAGCCACCGAAACCCUCUCCCCGCCCACCGAGCCGCGGCUCUCCCCGCUCGCCGAGUCGCUGCUACCGACGACCAUGGACUGCGAGCAGGCCUUCAACCAGGCCUUCUACUGCCAGUCGCUGGGAGGGCAGUGGAACAACAUCUACCGGUACGGCGCGGUGCGCUCGUGCAGCGAGAACUGGGACGACUUCUGGUUUUGCAUGCGCGUCAAGGGAUACCAGCCGGGGCCCGUCAAGGACGACAUGAUCCGCGAGCACUACAGGAAGAAGCACCUCGCAAAGUACGGCCACGGCAGGCCCAACAGCGAGGACGUCUGGCGCGAGCGCCGCGAGAGGGUACUGCCAGGGACGGCCUUCAGCGAGCAGGUCGAGGCGCCGACUGUCAGUGACGCCGAUUAUCAGAAGUGGGAGAUGGAACGGAUGGAGAAGAUCAGGAAUGGAACAGCUUCAUGA